AUGAGCCGUAUACCAUUUGCCCAGCUUGUAAUUUUUAUAUAGAAAGAAGAAGCUGAAAGACUCGUCAACAGACUCGUCGACGAAUCCUUAGCAGAAGUCCCUUACCAAGAAGACAAAGUCGAAUCAUGGUGCAGCAAUAUCCCGCAAUCUAUUAUUAGAAAUCUUCACGAGUUUAACAAAGGUUUUAAGUUUUGUGCGACCUGUGUGAUCACAAGGAAAAAUUCAAGCUCGCUUCAUAUAAAUUCCACCUGCCUGUGGAACCCUUCACUUGACGGAUUUAUUGUGGUUAAAUGGGAAAAUGCUACCAUGCAUUGCAUAAUUAACGUAUUCGCUAUUGCUCUUUAA